AUCACAAGUUAUAACGUGGAGUGCCCAUGUGUUUUUAGCUUCGACCAAUGGUGAAAAAACAUGAAUUUCUAACCUUCAGGACCAAUAACAUCUGGCUUGAAUAUGGAGCCCUCAUCGGCAGAAGUGACAUGCAACGGGAGGAAGAGAAAGAGGAUCGCCCCUGCAGCACAUGAGGAGGUCAAGAGAUUAAAAACAGAGGAAGGAGAUGAGACUCUGGAGUCUGAACCCUCCUCUCGCUCACCGAGGAUCUCUGUGCUGCCCGACCGCCUUCAACAACCAAUAACAGCGAAUGAUCUGACAGAGCUGCUGCAUUACGCCGCUCUGGGGAAAACAGCUGGCGUUGAACAGCCCAGUUGGUGCCGCCUCCACCAUCAGAAGAAGGUCAAAGCUGUGAAUGUGGUGAUGAUAGAGGGGCUGACCCAGAGUCACUUUUACAAACACUACCUCACCCUGCAGCACCUCAGGACCAACUACAGCACUAGGGUCACGUUUACUCCAUCCUCCACCGACCUGGCCUCAGGAAUCUUCAGCAGUGAAGUUCCUGAGUCAGACGAUCCCUCUGUUUCCCAAAGACACAAUGGAAGCAGUGAUUUACCAAAAGGCCUGAGGAUUCACCCAGUAAUCACCAAGUUUGGGACCAAGAGGAGAGGACUGACAGCGUAUGUUCUCCCCGAGGAGGAGAUGGUCAAGAAACGCUGGCCUGUCAAAGGAAUGCCAGACUUCCAGGACUUUGUGUGCACAGACAGUGUUGACUGUGUGACUGACAGCAGCCCUCUGUAUGGACUCGACUGUGAAAUGUGUCUGACAGAGAAGGGUAAUGAGUUGGCUCGUGUCUCUCUGGUGGACAGUGAUGGGAAGUGUGUUGUGGAUGAGCUGGUGAAACCUCCCAACAGAAUCAUCAACCACUUCACCAGGUUCUCUGGUAUAACUGCAGCGAUGUUGCGACCAAUCACAACAACCCUACGGAAUGUUCAGACAAGGCUCAAGACGCUGUUGCCUAGCGAUGCAGUCCUGGUGGGACACUCACUAAACAACGACCUCGUCGCUCUGAAACUGAUCCACCCUCAUGUGAUCGACACCUCGCUGCUGUACAGGAGAGAGUUCGGACAGAGGUUCAAACUGAAGGUCAUCACAGAGUCAGUGCUGAAUCGGCAGAUACAAACUGAAGAGAAGACGGGUCAUAAUCCCAUCGAGGAUGCUUUGGCAGCCCUGGAGCUGGCUCAGUACUUUAUAAAGAAAGGACCGCGACAGGUAGUAGAGCUUCAUAUGGAGGAGCUGUGGGGAUAUAGGAUAAUAAAGGAGCCUGAAGACUUGGCACCUGCUGAACCUGCACCCCCACAGAGUCAGAGGUUUCCUGACGUUCUACAAAGACAUGGCCGGUCUGUUGCCUUUUUAGGGAAGCGCUCUGACAUCGCUCUGGAUCUGUCCAAUCAGCAGUGGUUCAACUCUGACAAGGAGGUCUUAGCGUCUUUCCGGGGGCAGACCAGGUGUCCGUUCCUCUCCGUGCUCCAGCUCCCUUCCCUCUCCAGCCAUCUGAAGAAAAGCUUCCCCCACCUGGAGCAGCAGAGGGUGUGUGCUCACCUCAGAGAUCUGUGUGUGGUGUUGGCCGGUCCACUUCCUGCUGGAUCCUCUGAACAGGAAGUGAGGCGCCUGUUUCGCUGCUGUGGACCGCUUCGAAAUAUCAAAAUGUUGAACACAACUGUCCGGGUUCAUGCAGAGGUGGAGUUUGAGCUUCUGGAGGGAGCUGAGCUGGCUGUAAAAACGUUGAAUGGACUCAACAUGCAGGGACAGUCCAUCAAGGUCCAGCGUCCUGUCUACGAGUCGAUGCUGGACGCCGAUCUGACUCUCGAUGCUUUGAUGUGUGACAACAACACUCACCUCUAUGCUGUUAAACUAAACUCCAGUAUGGCUGACAGCGUACACAUUUCUGAAAGAGUCAAUGGACAUACGUUAAAUGCCAAAUGUUCAGAUGUUGCUUCUGUUCAAAAAGUAAACGGUCAACAUUCGCAACCAAAGACGAAAUCUAAGCUGUCUGAGGAGACGGUCAGAGAGACGUUUGGUCUCUUUGGUUCAGUGGAGAGAGUCGCCCUGCUGCAACAAUCUGGAAAACAUGCAAGACAUGCAAUCAUAAGGUUUGAAAGCUCAGAGGGGAAACGUGCAGCUCUCAGCUCCUCUGAAGAUCUCAGGAAGGAGAACUACCUCGUCUGUCCUUCACUAACUCCUCACCACCUUCCCUCCUGGACGGCAGUAACAACACCGACCACCUCAGAGGAGAGGAGCCACAUGCACAUAAGCUCUCAGGACGAGGAAAUGGAUCUCCUGAUGGGGAAGUUGGACCGCCGGCUACAAAAGCUGUUCAGAUAUCUCCCAGAAGGCACCUUGUCUGUGGUCGUGCUGCUCGGACACACCAGUGAUCACGGUCUCUUUCCUGGUCUGUGCCUUAUGGAGGUCAAUCAGGAGUCUUAAGGAGAACUGACACCUCUGUGGGAAUUAAAAUAAACCGGGACUAUGAUAAUAUAUUCCAGUGCAAUGAUGCCUUAUCUUGUGAAGUGAAAGCAAUGAACAUGAGUCUUUUUAGAGAAUACGAAAAUAAAGCUUUGCUGUAA